AACAACUUGAAAAAUACAUGUUUUCAACCAUCGGUGCCCUUGGUUGCAUAGGUUGCCGCCAUUUUGAAACAUAGGAAGCUGCACAUGCGCAAUGAUACCGGAACUUGACUAUUAGAGGAAAUUCGGCAUCAAGGUAUCCCCCUUGUGGACCUGAACCCCCCAGCCCUGGAUUGUGGAAGCUUGAUGAAUCUAACUUAUUCAGAAACGAAACUGUAUCUAUUAACUUAGUGAAAUGUCUACAUUUGAUCCUAAAGAGCACCCCCAUGUACGAUAUAAUCCUCUGAUGGAUGAGUGGGUAACUGUGUCCCCUCACCGCAUGAAGAGGCCCUGGAAGGGACAGGUGGAGAAACAGGAGGAGGAGAAGAUCCCACGUUAUGAUCCCAAAAACUCGCUUUGUCCUGGAAACACAAGGUCCAGCGGAAAAGUAAAUCCAAAUUACGAAGGCACAUUCUUGUUUGACAAUGAUUUCCCUGCACUUCUUAAAGAUGGACCCUCACCACCACAGAGCUCGGAGCCUCUGUUUCAGUCGGCACCCGCUUAUGGUACAUGUCAGGUGAUGUGUUUUCACCCCCGGUCUGACCUCACUCUACCGUUAAUGUCUCAGUCUGAAGUAAGGGAAGUAAUCAACAAGUGGGCAGAAAUUAACACCGACCUCGGAAAGAAACACACAUGGGUUCAGAUCUUUGAGAAUAAAGGAAACGUCAUGGGUUGUUCUAAUCCGCAUCCUCACUGUCAGGUUUGGGCAAGUUCUUAUCUUCCAAAUGACCCAGCUAAAAAACACAGAACCCAGAAAGAAUACUACGACAAACACGGAGUCCCUCUGUUGGUGGACUACGUCAGACAGGAAGUUCAGAAAAAGGAGAGGAUAGUUCUACAGAAUGACCACUGGGUGUGGCUGGUCCCGUAUUGGGCUGUCUGGCCGUAUGAGACCAUGCUGCUGCCCAAACGACACGUUUUACGUAUUGAAGAUCUCAAUUCAGACGAGAGGGAAGCUUUAGCAGACAUCAUGAGAAAACUUUUGACGAAGUAUGACAACCUGUUCGAGGUUUCCUUUCCCUAUUCUAUGGGAUGGCAUGGUGCUCCAACAGGGGAGUAUCUUCAACAGGACAACAGCCACUGGCAGCUCCACGCUCUGUACUUCCCCCCUCUGCUGAGGUCUGCAACAGUGAAGAAAUUCAUGGUGGGCUACGAGAUGCUGGCGCAAUCUCAGCGAGAUUUAACAGCUGAACAGGCUGCUGAGAAGCUGAACAGUUUACCAGACGUGCAUUAUAAAUUCCAGACUUCGUAGCCUCACGUAGGAACUUAAUGCUCUGUAGUGCCAAAUGAUCCAAGGGGUCCCAGCUGUGUUCUUUAGGGGGAAUUAUCAAUAAAAUCUGUUUCAUGUU